AUGACGUACAUAUACAUAACGGUUGAUGCUGGCGCAGCAGCAAAAUUCUACCACGUUCUAUGGAACAAUCCACAGGAGUUCGAUAAAGUCUUGAUACAUUUGGGUGACUUUGAUGGGAUGAUGGCAUUUUUUUCCAUCAUAGGCAAAAUAGUGCAAGGCAGUGGUUUUGAAGAAGUUGUAUACCAAGCAGGACUCUGUACCUCCGGAGGUAUUAAAGGUGUUUUAUCAGGAAAACAUUACAACCGAAGUUGGAGGAUUCAUGAAUGCUUUGCCGAAGCGAUUGAGAGAUUGUUUUGUGAAACGUUAGUUAAGCCGGUUGUCCAGAAGAAAUAG